AUGGCACGAUUCAGAGGCCUACCCUUGAAUUAUUUGGAAGCGAUGCAUUUGGAUUGCAUACCAACGAUAUUUGACACCGAAGAUGUGGUGAAGUACCGGCACUGGACUUAUAGUUUUGAGAAAUAUGAACAUGAGCUUCAAAAAUCGUCAAAUAUCUGUGAAACGAUCGAUAAGUAUUUCUACUUCGAGAAAAGGCCGCUCUCCGAAGAAGAAGAGGAAUUUCCUCUUGCUUUUGGUUUAGUUGUGUACAAAGAUAUCGUACAGAUUGGAAAGCGAUCCCAAUGGGGAUCGUAUGGCAUACUCGACAACGUAUAUCAAUGUUUCAAAUAUCUGGCCCAUUCGAAACAUAAUUGGAAAUAUUAUCAGUAUUUAUCCGGUUCGGAUCUACCAUUACGCACGAAUCUGGAAAUGGUUCGUAUAAUGAAAGCGUUGAAUGGAUCAAUUAACUCCGAUAUCGAAGAAUUUGAAAUGGAUCGUUAUCGAACUAUGGAGGCACUUAUUACUUUUUCCUAUUUUUUACAUGCUCAUUUAAGUAUUUUUGGAUUUACGUUUCACUUAAUUUCAAACAAAUUCAACUUCUCAGUUGUCCCCAUUCUUCCUUCACUGCUUUCUCUUCAUAAGUUCGCCUCACAUUAUAGGUAG